AUGCUCUACGAUUUAAUUGGUGUUUAUGGAAAAGUUGGUCAAAGUGGCCGAAAUGAUGAUGAUGUCUACGAUCGAUAUAGUCAUCGUUGGACAGUCAUUUUACUGGGCGUCUUUAUUAUUGCUAUAAGCGCUAAACAAUUUGUUGGCACGCCCAUUGAAUGCAUUCCACCAUCUGACUUCGCAGGAAAUCAUAAAGCUUAUGUAGAAAAUUAUUGCUGGACUCAUUAUACUUUUUCAAUUGAUAAUCAGAAGGCAUUAACACGUCAUUAUGUUCGCGGCGGAGAAGAUUCACAAAGGACAUCUUAUUAUAUAUGGAUUCCAUAUAUAUUAAUUGCUGCUGCAUUAUGUACAUAUUUACCGGCUUGGCUGUGGCAUGUUAUUGGCCAUAAAGCAACUUUUGAUGUUCCUGCUAUGAUAAACCAUUUAGGCAAAAUGAAAUUAUCAAAUCCUGAAGAUCGUCGAUCGAAUUUAACAACAAUGGCAAAACAUUAUGAAAAAGUAAACCAAUAUGCAACGGCGAAAGUUCGUGCAACGGAUAAUCUUGUCAAACGAGGUAUAUCUGCGUGUAUGUUUUUUGCUGGCGGUGGAUUGCUAACAGGAAUUUAUUUCUUGAUUAAAUUCUUAUAUUUGUGUAAUAGUAUUGGACAAUUUUUCUUAAUGAAUUAUCUCCUUAAAAUUGAUUAUUGGGCGUACGGUCAAAAAACUCUUCAUGGUUUAAUUAUUGGAGCUGAUGUGAUAAAAAAUAAAGAAGUUUUUCCACGUGUUGUCUUUUGUGAUUUUACCAUUCGAUAUUUAGGAGAUAAGAAUAUAAACUAUACAGUUCAAUGUACACUGCCCGUUAAUCUUUACAAUGCACGCAUAUUCACAUUUUAUUGGUUUUGGUUAAUAUUUUUGACUUGUGCAACAUUCUACGGUAUUAUUAAGUGGCUCGCACAAAUGAGUUAUCGUGGUCGUCGUAGUUUUUUGAAGAGACAUUUACGUAUCAAUCGAGAAUUAGCUAUGACUCAACAUGAACAACAAUUAUUCGAUUCGUUUGUUGAUCGAUAUCUUGGCGGUGAUGGUGUUCUUUUUCUUCGCCUUGUCUCUAAAAAUACAAAUCCAGUUGUUGCUGGUGAACUUUUGGGAAUUAUGUGGGAUCGUUUUGUAGCACAUGAAAGUGCUGUAGUGAUAGUGGCAGCGAUGGGAAAUAAUAACCAGAGUGGCAAAACGCUGGAUUCUGAUACAUAUUUAAAUGGUAGUCGUUCAGGAAAAUUUGAUGAUCGUACACUACCGUUGAUUCAACCGUUAAAACAAGAAUAA